ACACCUCGGUUGGGUCAGAGAACCACACCAUUAGUAACACCUCUCUUGGGGCACGAUAUUGAUGACAGCGCUAAUGAUGACACUGCGGGGACCGACUAUGCCGGCGUUAUCAGGGACUAGCGAUGUGAUGCGGAGUUUAUACGAGUGCCUUCAAGAUCGUCGGUAAUACAAAACAAGCAUCCGACAUCGCCAAGUGGGGUACACAUCCGCUCUAUAAAUCGCCUCAGUUCAUAAAGCUCUUCACCCACAAGCAGCUUCUUCUAUUCCUUCAUAUCCUCCGUCUUACUCUCUCUAUGCUUACCUCCAAAGGCGUUGCCCUCGUGACAGGCUGCACAGGCGGCAUAGGCCAUGCUGUCUCUCUGCGCCUUGCAGCGGACGGGUUCGACCUCGCACUGAACGAUCUCCCGCACAAGCGAGAUGCCGUCGACAGCAUCGCAGCAGAGCUUUCACAAGUGCGCUCGGGGAUCAAGACGUGCUCUGCGCUUGCAGAUCUUCGUUACGAAAACGAGGUCAAGGAUAUGGUAGCGUCUGUGUCGGACCAGCUAGGCGGUAUUGACGUGCUGGUGGCUAAUGCGGGCGUGGUCAGAGUUAAUGCGCUUGCCGAGCUGAGCGAAAAGGAUUGGGAUGACGCAUUCUCGAUCAACGUCAAGGGUACAUUCUUCUGCUACAAACACAUCGGCGCACAGAUGGUGAAGCAGGGACGUGGGGGACGCAUCAUCGGCAUGAGGUUUGCCCUCCUCGGCGCAUAUUGCUCUUCCAAGUUUGCCGUGCGCGGCUUGACCCAGGUCGCCGCAGCUGAGUUCGGGGCUCAUGGUAUCACGGUGAAUGCAUGUGCACCCGGCUUGAUAGAGACGCCUAUGCUUGACGAACUUCAAGAUGGUAUAUUGAGGGCGAGUGGUGGUACUGUCGAUAUUUCGGCCACGGUCAAACAACUUUCAACACUUGGAAUCGACGGACAACCCAAGGACAUCGCAGACCUUAUUUCGUAUCUGGCGUCCAAAGAGGCUCGCUUUAUAACAGGGCAAACGAUUUCCAUUGAUGGAGGCGUGCACUUUGACUAAUAAUCUGUAGCGCGUUGCUAGU